AUGAGCAACGGCGCCGGCCCGGGGGCUGCGUCGAGGCUGGCGGAGCUGAGGGCGGCCGUGGGGAAUCUGGCCAGCGGGGAGGAGCUGAGCAGGGCGCUGGAGGCCGAGGCCAAGUCCAACCCCGCGCUGGCGGACCGGAUCGCCGGCCUGAUGGUCGCGGUCGUCCGGGAGGCAGGGGCGAAGGGUACGGAAGAUCAGAAGGGGGCGUCUGCCCACCAGGUGUCGCUGAAGGAUGCACGGCUGGUUCUGAAGCAAGUCUCGUGUCAGUUCCCAAGGGGUCGCCACGACAUUGGCUUGCUGGAGUCGAGUCUGGGAAUCUGUGGAUCCAAGCAUGACCUAGAGAUACCCUACACCGCCAUAGAGCAUGUGGCGGUCCUGGAGAAUUUGCCAAACGACAAGAAAAAGAUACUUGUUAUGUUGGCGCUUUCACGGAGAGUGGAGAUAAUGCUUGGCAAGCAGAAGGUGACUUCAGUGCUCAUGCAGUUCAAUGCCGACGAAACCCUGGACAUCGCCGAUCCAGAAGACCCAAGUUCCCGCCUGCAGGAUCGCACUGUGGUGGUCCUGUGCCAGGUUUUGGGAUUCAUGGGGAUAGACCCCACUGCCUUCUGCAGCCCGGAUCCAGAGGUCUUCCAGUCCAGCCGCAAGCAACCAGCUGUGUCAGCAUUUUUCAAAGUGAACCAGGGCCUGCUGUUCCUCCUGCCUUCAGCCCUGUGCUUUGUGGAGAAGCCGCCCAUCUUCAUCUCCCACUCUGAAAUCAAAUCGGUCGAGCUUGGGAGGGCCAGCAGCAUGUCAGCCACCUUCGACCUGAUUAUCCAUCUGAAGGAUGGGGACAUAGUCGAGCUCGGGCAGAUUGGUACAGAGGAGCUGCAGAAGGUGCUGGCGUACAUCACCGAGAGGAAGAUUAAGGUUGGAGAUGGUGCCGAUGUGGAAGAAGAAGACAGUGAAGGAGCGGAAUACGAUUCAGACGAUGAGGAUGAUGAGGACUUCGAUCCAGAAGCAUCAUCGGACUCUUGUGGAGAGGCUUCAGCACGGAAGAGGAAACGCUCUGCAGAUGAGGGUCCUAGUGCUGCAGGUAUGACGAGUUAA